AUGGCGAACGAGUUGGUCAAGGUGGACGAGGUGGUCGAGGUGGUGGAGGAAAUCGCGGAGGCCGUCGUGCCAAUGGCUUACGCCGUGGUCAUGCCACCCUUCAUGAUGAACAACCGAGCCAUCAUCGAUGCCAUGCCUCAACUUCCCCCAGCUCUUGCUAGUAAUCCAACCACUACUCCCACUAGUGGGAGCAACGUUACUUCCUUAUAUCCUAGUCGCUCUGCUUCCGUCUACUCUGCGAGUUCCUUUGUGCUUGAGAUUUGA